AUGGCUGAUCCUUUCGCGCCGCGCUCCAUGAAGCGCAAGAAUGUCAAGGGUCUGGCCUUGACACCUGCUGCUCCGCGACCACCGCCAACUGCGGAAAGCUGGUCGGGUGCUGACGGCGGCAGAGACGAUAACAAAGACGAGCAGCUCGAGAUUGGUAUUGAGUACAAGUUGGAUCUGAGACCACAAGAUUUGGAAAUCAUCAAGGAGCUCGGAUCCGGGAACGGAGGCACGGUUAGCAAAGUCAAGCACCUUAGCACCGGCACGGUAAUGGCUCGCAAGGUCAUACACGUCGAGGCAAAGAAGGAAAUGCGCAAGAGAAUCGUCAGAGAACUUCAGAUUAUGCACGGGUGCCACUCCGACUACAUCGUCAACUUCUACGGCGCAUUUCUCAAUAGUAAUAACGAUGUCAUUAUGUGUAUGGAGUAUAUGGACGUGGGCUCCUUAGAUCGAGUUUCGAGAGUGUUCGGGCCCGUGCGGGUGGAUGUCCUUGGAAAAAUCGCCGAAGCCACCCUUGGAGGCUUGACAUAUCUCUACUCAAAGCACCACAUCAUGCACAGAGAUAUUAAGCCGUCCAAUAUUCUUGUCAACUCUCGCGGGUCCAUCAAGUUGUGUGACUUUGGCGUUUCUGGAGAACUGAUCAAUUCGAUUGCCGACACCUUUGUUGGCACUUCAACGUACAUGGCCCCGGAGAGAAUCCAGGGCGAAAGAUACACGGUAAAAUCGGAUGUGUGGAGCUUCGGCUUGACCGUCAUGGAGCUUGCCAUUGGCAAGUUCCCAUUCGCAGCCAGCGAACACUUUUCCGAGGAGGACUGCGCUCCAGCUGGUAUCUUGGAUCUUCUGCAACAGAUUGUGCAUGAGCCGGCACCGCGGUUGCCCAAGAGUGAUGCGUUUCCUAGUAUUCUAGAAGACAUGAUUCAAAAAUGCCUCUAUAAAAAACCCGACCAGCGGCCAACACCACAGGAGCUUUUUGACCACGACCCAUUUGUCCAGGCUGCUAAAAGAACUCCUGUUGAUCUUCGAGAGUGGGCGUUUGGCCUCAUGGAGAGAGACAACCGCAAAUCACACCUUGCUCCCCAACUAUCACCCGACACUCAGGAUCUACUACGAUCCAGCGAUUCCCCUACUUACUUGACACAGACUGAAGAGCGCACGACACCCACGCCCACGUCUGGUGAUAUCCCCAUUGGCGGGGCUGGAAUCAUUUCGCCCCGCGAUCAACUCAGUCGUUCGCCAAGCAGAAACGGCAGCAGCAGAACACCUGGCAUGCUACCACAUCCUGGAAUGGGAAUGAGAGUAGCAACGACAAACUCUGUGCCCCAACUUUCACACUACGCGGAGCCGUCGGGCCCUGCAAGUGCGAGCGCGGCAACAUUCAGCCUCCCAGUCCGUCCAGGACCUCCAGGAAAUCCAAUGCCAGCACCGCUGGCACGACGACAGACACCUGAUGACUUUCGCAGGGAGACUCGCCGCCAAGCCACAUUUGGAUUGCCCGCUAACCCUAGCCCUAGCUAUGGAUUACAAUAG